UUAUCAAUGAAAUUCACACAUACAUUUUAAAUUGGAAUUUUAUGAGACUCACCAGUGUGUAAUUAGAGGGAUUACUUGCCAUAUAUGUUCCUAAAAUUAGCUUUAACAUUUACGUUCAGCCAACCAACAUCUUAAAAUUAGAUUUCAAAUGUUCCGGACAUUUGCUGCCGUCAUCUGUAUGACUAAUGCACCUCCAAUGUAUCAAUGCAACUGCAAGUACAAACACAUGCAGAUUUGCUGCAAAAGCUAUCAGUAUUGAUCGUUUGAUUUUGCAGUAUUGAAACUUAUUUGCACAAGCAAACAUAGUGAAGAUGUAGCCUUCAGCACCCCAUCUAGAGGCCUGUUACCCAAAAUCAUUAUGAUCUUUCUUGGCAGUUUAUCAGUGUCAGUUCCAGGAAAUCAAGACAAUAUGACAAAUUAUCAACCACAUCUCAAGAUAUUCACUGAGCGCACCGUUAUCAGCCAAUGAACGAAGCUUAGCUUACGAUGCAAAAAGGAAGCUUGGUAGCCAAGUCUUGCCUUUUUGAGAGUAUAUAUACACAGCAUUCGGCAGUGGUGGAAUCAGGUAGCUCUGGCCUUCAAACAACCAAAGUCUUGAGAGACCCAAGCAGACAGACAAAAUGAAGACUAUACUACUGCUCGUUUUCGCUGUCUUGGUCUCCAGCGCUCCUGCGGAACACAACGAUAAGAACUUAUUGGGAGAGAUUAUUGAUGAGCUGGACAAAGCAGUGAAAAUGUUCUCAAAAGAGAACAAGAGAAAUGAUAUCUUCCUGACAAAACUGCAAAUGGAUGGCUGUAAGGGUGAGGUUUUCUGCCAGGCUGAGCAUGAACUGAUAAAGAAGGUUUCUGGGCUGUCUGGUGCCAAAUUUGACCAUUUCCGUAUUGACAAGAAACUAAUGAGGAAUUUAAACAAGUAUAACGAGCGCCAUGUGAAAACCUGCAAACCUGCUGAUGAAGACCAAGAUGAAAUCCUUCUGCAUGCUUUCUUGAAAAAUCUCUUGACGUGUGUUAAGAGUGCAUAUAGCCAAGUCAAUGCACGUUUUGUGCAGUAUUUCUGUGAAGUGACUGAAAAUAACUUUUCAAUGAAGCGCAUUCCUGCGAAUCUCAGCGAAAUGACUUUACCGGCAGAGCUCGAUGAUGAGCUGGACAUGGCAAUGAACAUUGUCCCGAAGGAGACCAAGGAAAAGAAAAUCUUACUGAAAGAUGCGAUAAGUGACAAGAUUUUAGUGGAAACGACUGAUGAUGAGCUGGACACGUCAAUGAAAAAUGUCUCAAAGGAAAAAGAGGUAAUAUUUAACUAA